GCUUUCUUCAUUUUUUCUUGUGAUUAGAGAGUUUGCGGAUUACGUUUUUUUUUUUCUCAUAUAAAUUUCAAUCUUAGAAAAUUCAAACUCGUACAGUAAUUUGUUUUGAAAUAUAAAGAAUGUAGGAUUUAGUAUAAUAGAGAAAAAUGCCAUUUAGCGAAUUUAUAAGCAGUUUGUCAGAUAACCCUUAUUUCGGGGCUGGAUUUGGUUUAUUCGGAAUUGGCGCUGGUGCAGCUAUAUUACGUAAAGGAUUGCAAGGAGGUAUUAUAUUAUUUCGACGUCAUAUGAUGAUUACCUUGGAAGUACCAUGCCGUGACAAAUCGUACCAGUGGCUUUUGCAAUGGAUUACCUUGCGAGGAGCGCGCGAAACGCAGCAUCUCAGUGUAGAAACAUCUUUCGUUCAAAAAGAAACUGGCAAAAUUGAAACAAAGUAUGAAUUUAUUCCCAGCGUUGGUAGGCAUCUUAUGCGUUAUAAAGGCGUAUGGAUUCAAGUGGAGCGUACACGUGAACAACAAACACUUGAUCUUCAUAUGGGUGUACCGUGGGAGUCAGUAACAUUGACAGCAUUUGGGCGAGAUAAACAACUGUACUUUGAUAUGCUAGAAGAGGCCCGUCAAUUGGCUUUAGAUGCUACAGACGGUAAAACAAUUGUAUAUACUUCCAUGGGACCCGAAUGGAGGCCUUUCGGACAUCCCCGUCGUCGUAGACCUAUUGGGUCAGUAGUUUUAGAUAAAGGAGUCAGUGAACGAAUAAUAACAGAUUGCAAGGAGUUUAUAAAAAAUUCGCAAUGGUAUGCGGAGAGAGGUAUUCCUUAUCGAAGGGGUUACUUGCUGUAUGGACCACCGGGCUGUGGUAAAUCUAGUUUUAUAACCUCACUCGCUGGCGAAUUGCAAUAUGGAAUUAGCUUGUUGAAUCUUUCGGAGAGAGGUUUAACUGACGAUCGUCUCAAUCAUUUGCUCAAUGUUGCACCGGAGCAGACAAUAAUUUUAUUGGAAGAUGUUGAUGCUGCAUUCAUUUCACGCGAAGAGAAUACACACAACAAAUCUGCUUAUGAAGGACUCAAUAGGGUGACUUUUAGCGGUUUGCUUAACUGCUUGGAUGGUGUAGCUUCCACAGAAGCUCGCAUUGUUUUCAUGACUACCAAUUAUCUGGAGAAACUGGAUCCCGCCCUUAUUAGGCCGGGUAGGGUAGACGUAAAAGAGUAUAUCGGAUAUUGUUCAGCUCAUCAACUAACUGAAAUGUUCAAACGAUUUUAUAAUCAACAAAACCUCCCGACGCAUGUUCUUGAACAAUUUGCAGAAAAUGUAUCAGCUCUUGGUUGCACCGUCAGUCCGGCACAAAUCCAGGGAUACUUUAUGAAGCACAAAUCCUCUUCACCAGAAAUUGUAGUUGCAAAUGUUGAUCAAAUACGUGAAGAUAGAAGAUAGGCCAAAUAUGUCUACGUCAUACACUCGAUAAUUAGAUAAAAAAAUUUCUCUAGCAAAGUUGUUCUAAUAAAAACUUCGAGCAAAAUGAAAAUAUGGCAAAAGCAACUGUAAUUGAUAGUUUUGAUCUUCGGACCAGCCCGGUUAUCCACUUUUGUCAUAAACAUUUUAAAAGAGACUUUUAAGAAAAUACAUUUCUAUAAAAUGAGAAUAGUUGCAAAUAAACGAUGUAAAAAUAUGGCGCAUUACUCUACAAAUGUCAGUGUGGACUCAAGAAUAUGACUGGUAUAUAAUUGCGCGAACUUUCCCCAUGGCUUGCUACUGAUUUUGCAUAAGAUAUUCGAAGUUCUUCGGCUUAUUUACACGUAAACUACGCACUUUCUUUUUGCAAUUAUGUCUUUGGCGUUUAAAAUUCAAUACUAUUCUCAUUGUUGGCAGUUUCAUUUGAACAUAAACACAAAAUAUGUUUUUUUAAUCUACUACUGUUUUUACGAAAGUUUACUUUGUCCUCGUUUUUUAUAAUUUUUCAUGUUGAUAAAAAUUAUUUUUACACAUACCAAACAUUUUUUAAAAAGUUAUAUCGAAAAAACGCGACCGUCCACACACCUAAGUCUUUAUAGAUUAACUUAAAUGAAGCGGACCUAUUUUUCUUCCACUUCCUACAUAAUUCCUUAUUUUGGAAAGUCAUUAUAUGACCGGCUGUAUCUUGGUGCACGUCCAUCGCAAGAUGAUUUCUUCCUUUUAAUUCCGUUGGACGGAUAUUUCCCAAAAACACUGCGAAAGUUGUAAAAGUAAAUAAAACUUUUCGAUGCUUCAUUACUAACAUAAAUUUCCUGAAAAUCAGUUAGGAAUGAACAUUAAUUUAAUGGAAUAUCUAGCAGACAAGAUAAUUAAUAAAAACAUCAGAAUGAAAUGGGAUAGGCGUGAACUGCUUCGAAAAGUUUACGGUAAAGAAUUUGCUCCAGCCGGGAGAAAAAGAGAAGUUGAACAGAAGAAAUGAGUGGUCGAGAAGAAUUGAUGUUGAAAGCGCGUGUCUACAACUCGCUCAAACGAUUUUAUUCAUAUUGUUCCAACUUUGCAAACGUCCACGGUAUUGUAAAUUAGCAAUCUAUUGGUACGAACGUAAUCUAAAGAAUGUUAGCAAAAUCAGAACGAAGAAGAUACUUCAUAUAUUACGAAAUAUAAUAGUAUGUUGAGCAAUGUCAGACUUUGCUUUAGUGGUAAUUUGUCGUUAAAAAAUAUUUGCUUUUGAUUUCACUUUAACUUUAUUAAACACUUGAGGAAAGAAAGCAUAUGCUCUCAACGAUGAUCGAGUGUAUCAAAGUUGUAUUCAUAUAUUUAUAAAAUUCAAGUUACAAACAUAAAUUUAUAAUUAAAACACUAAAAAAAGAUUUUACAUUUCAUAAAUAUAAAUAACUUUUGAAUUUUUUUCUAACGCGGAUAAUGCUCAAGGUCUUAUAUAACAGAGAGUGCACUUCACCAUUUUAUACAUUACAUCUUUUCUCCCUUUUUCGGAAUCCAAAAAAAUCUGCCUCACUGCUGGAUUUAAAUCGCAUAUAAAUACCAAUGACUGAAUGAAUGAAAAAAUUAACUAAUAAGAUAUAAAGCAACAAAAACUCAGAAUUGAUUAUAAGUAAUUUAAAGAAAGUAGAUUUAUUGGAGCAAGUUUCAUUAAUAAAGCCCGAAAAUAGUAUGUGUAACCGAAUUUUUAUUGUUAUUGGGAAAAUGUCUCAUUCAGUGCGAUUUAAAAACUUCCAUAACCGGUACGAAUCGCAAGACAGGGUAUAUCCGACGCGAAUAAAACUAGUCAGGAGACGUUCAAGGGGAUAUAAAUGCUCCUUUUUUAUACAUUUAUAUAUAUAUAAGAUUAUAUAUUAUAUAAAAGCGCUUGUACGAAUAUAUGCGACGUAUAUCCCAUUCGUGAAAGCAAUGGAAAAAUAUCGAACUAACAAUUUUUUUAUGUCUACUGGCUAGCUUUGAAACUAGAAGGGUAAAUGUCAUGAAUACUCAGAAUGUCACAUCUACUGAGAAUGAAUAAUUUGCCAGUAAGUUUUUAAUGGCUCCUGCGUGGAUUUCUUAGUUUUAUUCUUUUCCAAAGUUUAAAAUAAACUUAGGUUCACCACGUGACGGAUCUUUUAAUACCCGUUUUUUUGUUUUUUUAAACCAAUUGCAAUUUGAAAAUUAUUUGUUAAGUGAGAUUAUAAUGUAAUAAGAGCAAAAGUUACGUUAAUCGGGAUGUAGGCUCUUUCGCUUACGUUUUAGACUGCAAAUUAUUAGGUCGAUGGCUUUAAGGUCCACUUUUUCACUUAAGUAUUACUUGGUCAGCAUAAACGUAUGCACACACUUGGUAAUAUUUAUGCUGUAAUACAUGUUUUGGUUCUUUUUUAUUCACGGGGAUUACGUCCGAUUAUUUUCAUCUCUUCAACUUCCAACAACGGCCAACCGACAGAUCGACACGGACGUCCAACCAACAACAACAUUCGUACGUCGUGGAAACGGAAAACAAGCUUCACUGAUGGGCGCAUACUAAGUGCUAAGCACACAUCAUUUAAUUUUAACUACUCUUUGUGAAGAUUGCGUAAGUUUAAAUCCUGCCUUCAACAUUUAAAUUAUUCCCAGGAGUAGAGAUUGUUAACUUUCCAAA